AACCAAGACGAUCAUUUGACCUUUGAGAAAACUUCCAUAGCUACUACCUACUACUUCUUUUUUCACAUAAUGUCUGCUACUGAAGCUACCAACACUGCUGGUAAGGAACAUGGUUGAAGAGGUUGACGCAAAACACGUUUGAUCUAAUGGUAUUGAACUUUGGUGGGUGACACGCAGAACUUACACCUCAGGACCAAGCUGUCGAGGAACCUACCGCUCAGGUCACGGCUGAUACCGGAGCUGCUCCAGCAACCACUAAGACAGACAAGAAGAAUGAGUUUUUCGACAAGAUCAAGCAUAGCUUUGACAAAUUGGUCCGUCCUAACAAGAACAAGACCAAGGCUGCUGCUACUGAAGCUCCGGUUACCGAAGCUACCUCUGAACCCGUCAGCGCCGCCACUGAAUAAAUUUCGCAACCUUCAAAGUCGGUUUUCCAUCCACUUGUGUAGCUUAAAUUUUGCCCCCACUAUAACUAGUUUUACUGUUCUGCUCAGUUCCAUCUCAUACUUUUUUUCCACACUUUUUAAUAAUAAUGGCGAUGUAGCGCCCUCUUUAUGCGAAUAAUGUACUGAAGUAAGCCUUGAAAUUGAUGUAGCGCCCUCUUUAUGCGAAUAAUGUACUGAAGUAAGCCUUGAAAU